ACUGUAGGCCAGGCGGAGCAGUUGACUGCUUAUCAUAGCAAUUUUAUUUGUGAGUGCUGAAACUGUGUCAACACUGAACUUUACAUAAUCAACCGACUUGUACCCACCCUUUUUGUACGUAGGAAACUUGAAAAGGAAGAAUCCGUUUCUCCUCAAGAGCUUUCAUCCGGGGAGCAGAAUAUGGCUUCACAUACAACCAGAAGUUUGAUAGAUGUAAUAAGUAAAACUAAUGUAUUCUUCAAGUACGGUAGCUAUAAAAAGAUUAUCUUAUUAAACUCUAUAAAACAUGUUCAUUGUCACAGGCGAACAGUAUCUAGCAUCGGCGAUAGAAAAACGAAUUUGACUCCGAACUUAUGCGCACAUCUCGCUGGGCGCUCAUACAAGGAGUUAUACCAAAUGUCAGUAAAAGACCCUGACACUUUUUGGGGAUUAAUCGCUAAAGAGAGGCUAACAUGGAGUAAACCAUUCGAUCAAGUGAGUGACUGUGAUAUUACAAGUGGAAAAAUCAGUUGGUUCCUUGGAGGACAGUUGAACGUUUCUGUGAACUGUUUGGAUGUGCAUGUUGCCAAGCAUCCCGACAGAGUCGCCCUAAUCUGGGAGAGGGAUGAACCUGCAACGGAGAUUAAAGUCACCUAUAGGGAGCUGCUCGAGAUUACCUGCCGCCUAGCAAACACCCUGAAGAGGCAUGGCAUCAACAAGGGCGACAGGGUAGCCAUCUACAUGUCAGUGUCGCCCAUUGCCGUGGCUGCCAUGCUCGCGUGUGCUCGUAUCGGUGCCGUGCACACAGUCGUGUUCGCCGGAUUCAGCUCAGAGGCCUUAGCCGGGAGGAUUCUGGAUGCGCAGUGUAAAGCCGUGAUCACAUGUAACCAAGGCGUGAGGGGAGGUCGGCUCAUAGAUCUGAAACCAACUGUGGACACUGCUGUGAAGAACUGCCCCUCUGUCCAACAUGUUUUUGUGGCCCAGAGGACCACUAACCCUACUCCCAUGGGCAAAGUAGACAUCCUACUGGAGGAGGCCAUGGGCAGAGAGUCAGCAGAGUGUCCUCCGGAGCCUAUGGAGAGUGAGGAUAUGCUCUUCAUGCUCUACACAUCAGGCAGUACAGGCCAACCCAAGGGAAUCGUCCACACGCAGGCUGGCUAUCUGCUGUACUCUGCACUGACUCACCAGUAUGUCUUUGACUACCAGCCCGGUGAUGUGUUUGGCUGCGUGGCAGACAUCGGCUGGGUGACUGGUCAUAGCUAUGUGGUGUAUGGGCCUCUGUGUAACGGGGCUACCACGGUCCUGUUUGAGAGCACUCCAGUGUACCCAGACCCUGGGCGAUACUGGGAGACAGUGCAGCGACUGGGCAUUAACCAGUUCUAUGGCGCGCCCACGGCCAUCAGGUUACUGCUGAAAUAUGACAAAAGCUGGGUGAAAAAGUACGACAGGUCCUCGCUGAAGACCCUCGGCUCUGUAGGGGAGCCUAUCAAUCAUGAGGCAUGGGAGUGGUUCUACAACGUGGUGGGAGAUGGACAAUGCCCCCUGGUGGACACAUGGUGGCAGACAGAGACAGGAGGCGUGUGCAUCGCUCCGCGGCCAGCUGAGGAGGGGGCUGAGAUUGUCCCGGCCAUGGCUAUGAGGCCUUUCUUUGGCAUCAAGCCUGUACUCAUGGAGGAAAAGGGGAUGCCUCUAUCAGGGAAUGAUGUCAGCGGAGCCCUCUGUAUAGCGCAACCAUGGCCUGGAAUGGCCCGGACUAUCUUUGGGGACCACAAAAGAUUUGUGGAUGCCUAUUUUAAACCAUACCCUGGUCACUACUUCACUGGGGACGGAGCGUAUCGAUCUAAAGAAGGCUACUAUCAAAUAACUGGCCGCAUGGAUGAUGUCAUCAACAUCAGUGGCCACCGACUGGGUACGGCUGAAAUUGAGGAUGCGUUGGAUGAACACCCAGCAGUUCCUGAAACUGCUGUGAUAGGUGUCUCCCAUGAUGUCAAAGGAGAGGUUCCCUUUGCCUUUGUGGUGUUGAAAGAAGACCCUUCCUUGAACCAGGCUUCAGUGGUUAAAGAGCUGAGAGACAUGGUGGCCACUAAGAUAGCAAAGUACGCUGUACCUGACCACUUUCUGAUAGUGAAGAGACUUCCCAAGACACGCUCUGGGAAGAUCAUGAGGAGAAUCCUACGGAAGGUGGCUAUGGAGCAAACAGAAGACCUGGGCGAUGUGUCCACUCUGGAUGACCCAUCUGUGGUCACAGAGGUCAUUGAGGCUUAUGCUCAGUCCAAGAGUGUGACAUCUAAGAAGAAAUAAGGAAGCAGGCUACAUAACACCUACAUACCUUAGAACUGGGAGGCAUGUUGUGUUGGCCACUUGAGUUAUAGCUCACUUCAUUCCAUGUUGAGGUAUAUUAUACUGAUGCAGGGUUGGAGUUAUGACCACAUUCCCUUCAAUGUAUACAUGUGGUUGAGACAGAAUACAAUACUGUAGACCAGGGAUUUUCUAACACAGUCUGUUGUUUUGCCGUGGUGCUACACAGCUGUUUCAGAUGAGUUACUCAGCAUCAGGCUAUGAAGAUAUGAAUCAGGGGCCGUAUUCACAAAACAUUUUAAGGCUAAAAGUAGCUCCUAACUUGUUGAUUUACGAGUAACUCUUAAUAAUAAAUGGGCGUGUCAGUCCUAGGAUUAUGACUCCUGAAUGUUUGGUCCAAGAGUAUUUCACAAAGCGUUUUAGUGCUAAAACCAGCUCCUAAAUAAGCAAAAAGUUUGGAGUAGUCAAGAGGACUCAUAAGUAACUGAGACCAAGUCACAAACAAUCUUAAAAGGGCUGCUGCUGGCAAUCCGCCUCAAAAUCAGGUCAACCUUUUAGAAACAUCUAAUGAUAUGAGCUUUUAACUAG